AUAUUGGGGAUCCACACCUCUAUUGCUCCCUUAAUCGCCCUUCGUUUGUCUAUGCGGGAAAGGCAUUGUGGGUCUCCCUAACAGCUGAUCGGGUCCUCUCGCCGCUCAGCCGGAGUUGCUGUAGAAAGUUGGUCGCGGACGGACGUUAACACCAGGCUCGGAGUUCAGCAGCAGGGAUGGCGGAGGCACACUCUGCUGUGGCAUUCUCGUUUGCCAUCACUCACGAGGGUGUUCACGUUAACUAUGAUCGAGAAGUGCUACAUGUCAUCUGGCACUCAGGUGUGCGUUCAUGGAGACGCAGCUUCCGGCGUGUUGUGAACAGCGUACGAUGUGGCGUAUUCCCAGCAACUCUCUCCUCCCUGGCCCUCACCAUCACUGGCUACAAUGCCAUGUAUCUCACCAGAGAUCUACAUAAGUCAGAUAUAGACCCAUCUUUUGGGUUAAUUGACCUUCUUAGAAGACAUAUUAAAUUAGAUGAGCCAGUGAAGGGCAUUGUUUGCUGUACGGUGUCCGGCUUUGCUGUUUGGUUUGGAGUAUUUAUUUUCAUGAAGUAUUCUCUUAGAACCCUGUUCUUGUACAAAGGAUGGAUGUAUGAAGCAAGAGGAAAGGGACGGACAAUGAGUGUAGCAUCACGAUUGUGGUUCCUUGCUGUCAAAAUGAUGACCAAGUUUUCACGACCUAUGUUGUACUCUUAUCAAGGAUCCCUCCCUAGAUUGCCUCUGCCUGCCCUGGAUGACACCAUGAAGCGGUACUUGCGCAGUGUCAGGCCACUUAUGGAUGAUGAAAACUAUGAACGCAUGCAAAAUUUAGCACUUGAGUUUCAAAAAGGAAUUGGAAAGAAGCUUCAAAGGUACCUGUUACUGAAGUCCUGGUGGGCCACCAACUACGUCACUGACUGGUGGGAAGAAUUUGUGUACCUCCGAGGCCGGUCUCCAAUUAUGGUUAAUUCCAACUUUUAUGGCACUGAUGCAAUCCUCCUGCGUCCUACUCGUAUCCAGGCUGCUCGGGCUGCCAAUGUCACCCAUGCUGCUUUCCUUUUCCGAAGACUGGUGGACCGACAACAGCUGCAACCAAUUAUGGUUCAGAACACUGUGCCUCUCUGCUCAUACCAGUAUGAGCGCACCUUUAAUACCUCCCGUGUGCCCGGCAUCCAGACUGACAAAAUCAUCCAUUAUGGUGAUUCAACUCACAUUGCUGUUUACCAUGCUGGACGAUUCUUCAAGAUGCCCUGCUACUACAAGGGAGCCCUUCUAACUCCUCGGGAACUUCAGAUCCAAUUUGAGCGUAUCCUUGCUGAAGAGAGUGUCCCAGAAAAGGGUGAAGCUUACCUAGGGGCUCUGACGGCAGGAGAGCGAAAACCCUGGGCUGAAGCUCGAAUGAGGUUCUUCAGGAAAGGAGUUAAUGCUGCUUCAUUAGAUAUAAUUGAGAGGGCUGCUUUUGUGUUAGUGUUGGAAGAGGAGGAGUGUGAUUAUGAUGAGAAUGACCCAAGCCAGCUGGACAAGUUUGGACGCACGAUGCUUCACGGGAAAGGUUAUGACCGCUGGUAUGACAAGUCCUUCAAUGUGAUAGUAAUGAAGAAUGGAAAGAUUGGUUUCAAUGCUGAACAUAGCUGGGCCGAUGCUUCGAUUUAAGUCAAACUUUGGGAGUACAUUAUGGUAGAAGAUAUCUUUGAGAAUGGAUACGACAGUGAUGGCAACUGCACUGGCAAACCUUGCGACCCUCCCGUCCCAACACGUCUGAAGUGGGAACUCAACCCUGAGUGUAUCCAAGUGAUUGAUAACUCCUUUAGGGUGGCUGAAGCUCUCUUGAAUGAUGUGGACCUAAAGCUAUACAUGCACACACACUAUGGCAAGGGACUUAUGAAGAAGUGCCGUCUCUCCCCAGAUGCAUAUAUCCAGAUGGCUCUACAACUGGCGUACUUCAGGGAUGCUGGGAAGUUUAACUUGACAUAUGAAGCCAGUAUGACCAGGCUGUUUAGGGAUGGAAGAACUGAGACUGUGAGACCUUGCACAAUCGAAUCGGCCGCUUGGGUCAAGGCCAUGGAAGACAAGUCUUCUACGGAUGAAGACUGUGUUACUCUGCUACGUAAAGCCUGUGGCCAACACCAGAGAGGUUAUCAAGAUGCCAUGUGUGGAAAGGGGAUUGACCGUCAUCUUUUCUGCCUCUAUGUCAUCUCUAAGUACCUUGAAGUGGAUAGUCCCUUCCUUAAUGAGGUGUUAUCUGAGCCCUGGCGUCUUAGCACAUCCCAAACCCCCCAUGGCCAAACUAACAGAAUGGAUCUGACGAAGAACCCCGAUUGUAUCAGUGCUGGCGGUGGUUUUGGACCUGUUGCUGAUGAUGGUUACGGUGUUUCCUACAUCAUUGCUGGUGAAGACACGCUGUUUUUCCACAUUUCAAGCAAGAAGAGCUCUCCUGUUACAGAUUCCAAAAGGUUUGCUCGACAGAUUGAGAAGGCUCUUCUGGAUAUGAAGAAUCUGUUUGAGUUGGCACAGAAGAAGUAAAGGCAGAAAUUUACUUACAUUAUAAAGGACUGUUCAUGAUAGUUAUAAUGUAUUCCAAGCUGCUGUAAGGGAAGACUUAACAGUUCAGAUAAUCAUUUUAGCUGAAAUGUUAGUAUUGUGCAAAAUGUGCAAUGAAAGAAUUUUAUUCCUUUUCAUGGAAAGAUGUACAAGCAAGUAAGGAGAGUUUCAAUUUUGCUUUAGCUGACAAGAAUUCAUGUAGUUAUUUUACUUAGCAAGAAAGGUUUUGUAAUACCUUUCUUGUUGAUAGAUUUUUUUUUUUUUUUUUUUUUUUUUUAACCAAUGGCAAUAAUUUA